GUUUCCGCACUCGUCUUAAAGGCGCGCAGGCAUUGAUUUGAAUUGUUUCAGCCAGCUAGGGGCGGGUCAGUCGGUGACGAUCGAUUGAGAAGACCAGUUGGAUCAGCAGCGAUCGGUUCGAACAUCUAAUUCCCUAGUUCCAAGUGCAACCACUAUGGCGAGUUUGGACACCAGUGCGUUGCUGUUCGAAGAGAAACCCCUUCACACCCCAUCGCUGGGGGAGGUUCGCGAUGUGUUGGCGGCCGGUUUGAAAUCCAAUUUCACGACAGUCAACGUAGAGGUUGUGGAGUGCCCCGAUUUGACGAAAGCUCCCUUUCACCUGGCCGGCGAGGGAUUGAACGGAUCACCAACGCUGGUGGAACUCGGUGGAGUGCCCUAUUUGCUGCCGCUGGUUGAUCGCUCUCGGCUCUACGAUGUGAUAAAGGUUUCGCAACGCGCACUGCACGACACCGGAAAGGCGUUCGUCGCGUAUGGCGCCGGUGCGGGUCCGUUUCCGCUGGUGAGCUCCAACUGUGAAGGUAUAUUCAACCUACGGUUCAGCCCCCCGGGAACGGUGGUCAGCGAAAGCCACCUGGCAAAGGUUUCGUUGGAUCGGAAAACGGUGACAGUCCAGAAGAUACCGAACACGGAAACACGGUGCGCCCUGCUGGGCAAUCUGCUCGUCGCGGAGGGCAAGCCGGGCCAAGUGCUGAAGGUGAGCUGUAAGAAGCGUACCGGCCAAAAGGACUUCAUAGCGAGCAUCCGAACGUGCCUGGAGGCCCACUACGGGGAGCAAACGGUCGGGUUGGGCGGAGUGUUUCUGUUGCAAGCGGGCAAAGCCAAGCAGCACGUGAUGUCGCCAUUUUCGACGACCUCCAUCAACACGGAGGAAGAGUUGAACGAAUGGCUAAACUUCUUCGAUAUGCCGGCGCCACUGAUCAAUCUUGGCAUCCUGGUUACGACCGAGUGCGAUCUCGAUCUGCGCCUGCAGCACUUCCACAGCUUCUCGACGCACGGCCACGGUGGCCAUUACCACAUCGACACGACGCCGGAUAUCGUGGAGUACGAAGGAUACUUCGUCGUCGGUGAACGGAUCGUGCGUGUCGAUAAGCCAUUGCAUACCCACAAGUUUGGACGGGACUAGUGCAACGGACCACCGGGUAAAUGAUGCGCGUAGGAAGUGUAGUUUCAAGAGUGCAUCAAUAAACAGUGAUAAGGCAUAA